AUGAAAGCAAGUGUUUCUGAUAUUGCUAUCAAAUUUACAAUUAUUGCUGCUGCGUCUGCAGUUGCUAGUUUUCUGUCUCAAUUCUUUUUGAAUUUGGCAAGUGAAAGAAUUGGUGUUUCAUUGAGAAAAGCCUAUUUCAACGCAUUGACCAGACAAGAAAUGGGGUUCUUUGAUAUCAAAAAGACAGGUGCCUUGACAGUUGCGUUGAGUGAAGACAUUUCCAAAAUUCAAGAAGUUUACUCAAACAAAUUGGCCCUCCUUUUACAAAACACUGCUCAAUUCAUUAUUGGUAUUGUGCUUGCCUUUGUUUCCUCUUGGCAAAUGUCCUUGGUAAUGAUUUCAACUUCUCCAUUGUUAGUCUUUGGUGUUGGUGUCUUGUCCAAGAUUGUGGAAGUAUUGACCAAAAAGACAAAUGGAGCAACUGAACAUUCUGCUUCUAUUGCCACUGAAGUUGUUUCUAGUUUUAGAACUGUCAAGAGUAUGGGUUGUGAAGAGAAGGAACAAGAGAGAUUUGCUAAGGAUUUGAAAAAUAUCAAUACUUAUGGUUUUUUUAAAGCAAUUUUGCAAGGAACAACAUUUGCAGCUGUUUCAUUUAUUCUUUGGGGAACUAUUGCUUUAUCAUUUUGGUAUGGAGGUGGUUUAGUUGCUGAAAGCACAAUUUCUGUUGGUGCCAUGAUGAAGGUUUUCGGUUUGAUGCUUUUUGGUGUCAUUGGUUUGUCACAAGCCGGUACUCAAGUUCCAGAAUUUUCCAAAGCACAAAUGUCUCAAAAAACUCUUCUUAGAGUUUUAAAGAGAGAACCUGCCAUUCCAUUCAAGGGAGGAAAAGCUCCAGAAGAGAAAUUGAAAGGUUCCAUUCAAAUUAAGAAUGUCAAGUUUGUCUAUCCAUCUAGACCUAAUGCUACUGUAUUGACUGACUUUUCCAUUGACAUUAAACCAGGAACUUCAGUCGCUUUGGUAGGUCCAUCAGGUUCAGGAAAGUCAACCAUUGUUGGUUUAUUGGAAAGAUUCUAUGAUCCACAAGAAGGAGAUAUUGUCAUUGAUGGAUAUAAUAUUAAGGAUAUUGAUCCACAAUGGCUCCAUAGAAAUAUUGGUAUUGUCACACAAGAACCUGUAUUGUUUGCAACUACUAUCAGAGAAAAUAUUGCUUAUGCAGUUGGUAGUGAAAAUGUUUCUCAAACUCAAAUUGAAGAAGCUGCCAAAUCUGCCAAUUGUCAUAAUUUCAUUAUGGAUUUACCUGAUGGAUAUGACACCAAACUUGGUGAAAAGGGUGUUUCCUUAUCAGGUGGUCAAAAGCAACGUGUUGCCAUUGCCAGAGCUAUUUUACAAGAUCCACAAGUUCUCCUCUUGGAUGAAGCCACUUCAGCCCUUGACACAGAAAGUGAAGGACUUGUUCAGGCAGCUCUUGAUAAUCUCAUGCAAGGAAGAACCUCCAUUUGUAUUGCUCACAGAUUGAGUACUGUUCAAAAUUGUGAUACUAUCUAUGUCUUAGUGAAGGGAGAAUUGAAAGAAUCAGGCACUCAUCAUGAAUUGAUUAAGAAGGAAGAUGGUAUCUAUAGAAAAUUGGCUGAAAGACAAAUGAUGUUCGGAAAGAGUGAAAUUGACAUGCCAAAACUUGAGGAAUCCCAACCUAUUAUCAAUUCUCAAAAUGAAUCUAAGGUUGAAAGUUCCAUUGAGGAUAUUUCCAUUUUGUAA